AUGUUUCAAAUCCUAUACGCUGCAUUCCGUGCUGAAAAUGGCAAGCCUAGCAAGCCUCUUUCUCUCGAAUCUCCUAAUCCAGACCUUCCUAGCUCUAAGACUGCCCUGUCGGUGGUUCAUUGCAACGAUGUCGGUCCGGCAGUAGUCGCGCAACACUCCCUUAGUGAUGAGAUCAAACAUCCCCAGGUCCUUCCGGGAGCUAUGAGCUAUAGGCUCCUGAAUUCCAUCGAUGCAAUUGAGGAUGCACACCUAAAGAAACAUAUGCGGAAAGGUACUACUGCCAUUGAGACUUUAGAGCGUCUUCUUCAGAGAGUCUCUCCCGAGGGCAGUCCAGCCGUCAACAUUGGAAAAUCAGCUUUCAUCUGUAGUCCACAGAUGUCAGAGGAGAAUCACUGUUUCAACAUGUCAGAAGUCUUCAAUGAAGUUCAGCUCCAGUACAACAAUGGCGUCAAAUCAACCCAAUACUUCAACGCGCGUUUCUCGGCAAUUAAGCCCAAGCUCUUGAAAGGCCCCUCCCCGAUACGGUUCAAGAGCAUUCACAUUAACUCGGGCAUGUGUUUGGGCUCCAAGGCUGCCUUGGCAAUGUCACCCGGUCAUGGCCAAGGUGACGACUGCGUUAUCCCCAAGGUACCCGAAAACGAAGACCCGACUCUGUAUGAGCUGGAGACGAUCGCCCGGCUUGCUACCGGGAUUGCAGAUGCCGCUGCCCUCUUUGGAGGCUGCAGUGACCCACACACUGCAAUUAGUGUCAGUCUUGAUGUCCCUGAUUUCCAGUACUAUUGGACUGUUUGGGAGCUCUUCGAGAAAAAGUUAGUUACGAUGAGAUAUGUUCAAGAUUGGAUGUCUGCUAUCAAGAGGCGGCGGAGUCAACUCCAGAACAUAAUGGUUUCUACCAUUUAUAAAUUGUUAUUGGAUCGGGGAAUCGGUGAUAUAAAGGUGAAUCUCGCCUCUUCAACGGGUGCAGCGGUGGAACUACUCCAAGAGCGAUCUCUAUCUGGGGUCGUCCCCUCCCUGGAGGAACUUCUAUCUGCCAUACAAACACAGGGUACUCACUCAGCCCAAUGGGGCGAAUUCCUCACGCACCUCGAGGCCGGGGAACAACCUUCUACUGGGACAGACCUCGGAAAACUGAUGUAUGUUUUCGAAGCCGUGAAAUAUGCCCUGGCGCAAUCUCCAACAAAUGGAAACCCACAAGAAGCCCACGGCGAAAGACUUAUCAUCUUCCUCGACGACACGGCGGAAUGUCGGAUAUUCAACCGCGCAACCAAAUUUAUCAAACGCUACUCGGAAGAAACAACCAUGAUUGGCCUAUUUCCCUUACAGCAGAUCCUAACCGCUGGAUACGGCCGCUCAGACCUCUAUAUGAGUUGUCCAGGCACGGAUCUACGUCUGGAACGUGGGGGAACGAGGAUCAAUCUAUUCGAUGUCAUUAAGAUGACCUAUGGGCGGCAGACUGCAACACUGCUGCAGCGUUCGUGUCAGAAUCAAGGCUUUAGGACCGAACCGAUCGGCCAUUAUGAAGGAUGGCCGCUUUUGACACAGGAUACUUUCAAGUUUCUAGGAACAUGUGCUGCAAUUGGAGCUGCUAUUUGGUUCAAGGGUCGGUUGUGGAGUUAG